GCACAAAUAUCCACCUGCGAGUUGCCUGGUUCCAUCCGGUUUUCGAUAAUCGCCCCGCCUGUGACGAUGUUGACCGCGUCUUCUGCAGCGCUGCUACUGGCUUUCGCCAACUCUGCUCUUGCUCAAUUCCCAGCAGAACCUCAAGGCCGGACUGUUCUUGAAUCGCGAUUCGGCGAAGGAGUCACGAUCACUUACAAGGAGAACAGCCUCUGUGAGACUGAGGAUGCCAGGUCGUAUGCAGGACACGUAUAUCUUCCUCCGGGAACAGCGGACUUAGGCCAGGGCCAAGAUUAUCCUAUCAAUAGCUUUUUCUGGUUCUUUGAAGCGCGCAAUGACCCCACCAACGCGCCUCUCACUAUCUGGUUGAAUGGCGGUCCAGGGAGUUCGAGUAUGCAUGGAUUGUUUACAGAGCAUGGUCCUUGCCAUGUCAAUGCGGAUUCCAACAGCACACGACCAGCACCAUGGAGCUGGAACGAAAACGUGAACAUGCUUUACUUUGACCAGCCCGUUCAGGUCGGCUUCUCGUACGACACACUCCAGAAUGUGACAAAGAAUCUUAUCAACGGCAGAGUGUCCGAGCUGAACGAGUCGACACCAGUGCCAGAGCAAAAUUCGACCUUUCUCACCGGAACAUUCCCCAGUCGCGAGCCCAACAACACUGCUUUCGGAUCCGUCAAUGGCGCCGUGGCUUCCUGGCACUUUUUGCAAUCUUGGUUUCAAGAGUUUCCGCAUUAUCUACCAAAUGACACACGUAUUUCUUUAGCAGCUCAGUCGUAUGGAGGUCGUUACGGCCCAGCCAUGAUGUCUUUCUGGGAAGAACAGAACCAAAGGAUAGAGAACGGUACAUGGGAAGGCGGCGAUGGUGAACAAUUCAUUUUGCACCUCGACACUCUCAUGAUUGUCUCGGGUUGCGUUGACCGCUACGUACAAUACCCUUACUACCCCCAGCAAGCUUUCCGCGAUAAUGGCUACGGAAUCGAAGCCGUCAACGAAACCGUCUAUAACAGCAUGGUCGCAGCUAUCCCGGAGUGCCUCGAGCGAAUUCAGACUUGCCGUGAUGAAGCCGUAUUUGGGGACCCUGAGAAUCUGGGAAUCAACGCAACUGUCAACAGAUUGUGCGAAGGUGCUGAAACGUUCUGCCGCGCAAACAUCGUCUCUCCGUACACAGCUUAUUCUGGGCGUGAUUAUUACGAUAUUUCUACGUUCGAGCCGGCUCCAUUCCCCCAAGGUUUCCAUGAAGGUUUCCUAAAUCGCGAAUGGGUACAAGCUGAGUUGGGCGUCCCACUCAACUGGACGGGUAGUUCCCCACAGGCAUCAAAUGCAUAUCGUGGCAUCGGCGACUAUCCCCGCGAUUCGUGGCUGGAAGAUCUUGGUUUUCUGCUUGACAAUGGUAUUAAGGUGUCUCUGUUGUACGGUGAUCUGGACUUCGCCUGUCCGUGGGCGGGAGGUGACGCUGUUGCCAAAGCUAUCCCAUGGGCCGGUUCUGAAGGCUAUUCUACAGCGGAAUACGCCGAAAUCCAAACCAAUGACUCGUAUGUCGGCGGUCUUGUGCGACAGUAUGGCAAUCUGAGCUACACCCGUAUCUUCCAGGCAGGACACUCCAUCCCCUCCUACCAGCCCGAAACCUCUUUCCGCAUCUUUGACCGCGUGCUCUUCAACUUCGACAUCGCCACUGGCACGCAAUCAACCGCCGGUAGCGUGGAAGACGGCACUGCCUACAAGAGCACAGGGCAGCCGACUCCCGAAUCGAACCAGACAGCUACCGGCCAAGACCUCACCUACUGCUACACGUAUGGGCCGGGCUCUUGCUAUGAUUGGCAGGUUGAUAUGAUUUUGAACGGGACAGCCGAGAUUUGCAAUUGGCUGUUUGUGGAUAAGAACACAACGCAAUUGUUCCCGGAUGUUAUUGCUAAGUGUCGUGCGGACUGGGCUGGAGGAAAUGGCACUGGCAAUGCGUCUUCUUCUAGGCUGACCGCCCGGUCAACGACUUUUGAGGGUCAGGCCGCGUCUCUGGCAGGAUCUGGAUGGGUGUCAGUCUGGGUUGUUGUUGCUUUUGCUGCGUUCGGCAUUCUGCUAUAGACCUGCGCAAGCUUUUAGCUAAAGCUGGAAUAAGUGUUCAAUCUGGGUGGUAAACGAAUAAAUACAUGCUUUUCCCAUGAUUGUAAACCUAUUCAACUCAAAGAGAGUCCUGAAAGCUUGGUGUUCACGGGGGAGGCUCUGUGAUGCUUCACAGACGAAACUGUUCGUAUUUGCGAUUUGUAAAUGAGUUUUGGAAAUAGUGAUAUGUAGAUCU